GCAACUCGCCAAUCCGAGUGAACUCCGAAAAUCUCCUGGAAGUGGAGGAUUUCUCCCGUCUCCUCCCUCUCGCAUUUCGCCAUUCAAAUGCAUCUGAGCUUUCGAAGAGUUGCCUCCUCCAAUGUCCGACUCCCACUGAUCCGCCGCCCCACCCACAGGCUCAACUCCACUUCGUCCCCGCCCCCGGACCCCACAGAGCCGCUCACGCCGCCUCAGCUCAAGACCCUCGUUCUCAGCCGGUACGCCAAGAAUGGCAAGUUCUCCGGCCUCGUCCCCCACGUCGUGGCUUCUCCCUCCGUCCUCCUCGCCGCCUGCUGGAACCUCGCUGCCCCGAGCCAUCCCGACGCGGCUCCCUUGCCUCCGCCUUCUUCUCUCCUCGAGUUGGUGUCGAGGCGCUUCUCGCUCUCCGAAAUGGGCCGCGAGAUCGCCGAGGGCCGGUUCGAUGUCGCGGCUUGCCUCGUCACCAUGGUGCCCUCGAGAAAGAAAGGUGAGUCCCUGGUCCUGCCCAGCUUGAAACUGAAGGUCUUGAUCGAGGCCCUUAGGAUGGUUCUGGAGGUCAUAUAUGAUGAGAGGUUUGCGACUUUCGCUUACGGCGGACGGGUCGGCGUGGGGCGCCACACGGCUGUUCGGUACUUGAAGACCUCGGUGCAGAAUCCCAGUUGGUGGUUCACUGUGAAAUUCGACAGAAAGAAGUUUGAUUGUGUUCAUGUGAGCAAAUUGUGUAAGUUCAUUGAAGAGAAAAUCGACGAUUCUUUUUUCAUCGAUUUGAUAAGGAGGCUGUUUGAGUGCGAAGCCGUGAUCAUCGAAUUGGGCGGGUGUUAUUUGGGGAGAGGGUUUCCGCAGGAGAGCGGCUUGUGUGCAAUUUUGAUUAACGUGUACUUCAACGGACUUGACAAGGAAAUUCAGGAUUUAAGGCUUCGAUCGAAUAAAGAGAAUCUUAAGUUCGAGUCUAAUGAGAAUGUUUCAGAUUCGACAUCGAAUGUGUUUUACAAGCCCGUGAAGGUGUACGCAGUUAGGUAUUUGGACGAGAUGCUGUUUAUAACGUCAGGGUCAAAAAUCUUUACUCUGGAUUUGAAGAAUAACGUCGUGAAGUAUAUAGAAGAGAAGUUGGAAUUGAAGGUAGAUAGAGUGAGAACUGCAAUUCACAGCCCGACGAUGGAAAAGAUUGAGUUCUUAGGUAUGGAACUUCAGGCAGUCCCGCCUUCUGUUUUGCAUCCCCCAUUGUCAGAAAAAGCCAUUAGGGCUAGGAAGAAGUACCUGAGACAGAAGGAAGUGAAAGCUUUAGAAAUGAAAAAUGCUAGGGAGAGGAAUAGGAAGAAACUGGGAUUGAAGAUUUUGAGUCAUGUUUUCAAGAAGUUAAAACGGUCAGAUGGGUUCAAAUUUGAUAUUCAAAUUGAGAAUGAGGUCAAUGAGAUUUUCAGAACAUGGGCCGAUGAAGUGGUGCAAGACUUCUUAGGAUCUCUGGAGGAGCAGUAUAAUUGGCAUCGGGUGCUCUCUGCUGGAAAUUUUCUUUCUUUACCACGCAUAAGAGACCAAUUGCCGCAGGAACUUGUCUUUGCUUAUGACAAGUUCCAAAAGCAAGUAGAUAAGCACUUGUCUCCUGUCAAAGCUAUUAAGGCAUUGAGGGAAGAAGAAAGGAGAGAAGAAGAGGACAGAGAACAGAAGUAUGCGGAGAUGACAGUUCAUGAUUUGACAAGAUUGUGUAUUAGAGUUGAUGCACCCAUUGAACUUGUUCGAAAGGCAGUUAAAAUGGCUGGAUUUACAAACAACAUGGGUCGUCCUAGACCGAUCAAGCUACUCAUUGCUCUAGAUGAUGCUGAUAUCGUCAAAUGGUAUGCAGGUGUAGGGAAGAAAUGGCUCAACUAUUUCUGUUGCUGCCACAACUUCAAGAUGGUAAAAACAGUUGUAACUUAUCACAUGAGGUUCUCUUGCAUUUUAACUUUAGCAGAGAAGCAUGAUUCGACCAAACUUGAAGCAAUUAAGCAUUACUCCAAGGAUUUAAAAGUCUUAGAUGCAUGUGAAAAUGAAAUUUUGUACUUUCCAACAGAAAGAGAGGUUAAGAUGAUGGGAGAUAGAAACCUUUCAGAUCCAAAGCCUGUUGAUGGGGUUCUAACUUUGGCGCUGAUUAGAUUGGCUUUCGAUUGCGGGCCACUUCAUUCCUGUAUUGCUCAUUUCUGUGACCGUACCGAUGUAGUUUUUUAUCGGAUCCGAUUACUCCAAAACCGAUUAAAUGUAAACCCAUUGAACGAGGAGAAGUGGAUCUCGGGGAUGGGUGCAAUUCACGAGAGCUUGAAUCGCAAAUGCCUUCCCGUCUGUCCUGCCCAUACAGAUGAUUUGUACAUGGGAAAAAUCACGCUUCAAAACAUUGAUGUUAGUUCAUUUGUGGACGUGGAUAAUCUAUGAUCGGUUUGAUAGGAUUGGCCGUUCAUCAGUGGUAUCAUGGUGAAUUGAGACCUUCUGAAUUGGGGUGAACACUGUGUAUGGGUUGAUACCUGCAAGCCUAGAUGUAAACGUCCCUACUCCCUAGUCCCACCCCAUCCAGUGCCAGUAGGCCAAAUGGCGAGAACGCCCUUCCUGUGUCACCAUUUGCAAUGCCAAGAUGACUCUUCCCAAUGAUGGGAUAUGCACCUCUCACCUUAGACUGUCAGAUUUUUUAAUACUAGCUGAAAAUAAUUCUUAAGAUGUGGCCUACCUCAAACUGACCUGACAUCUUAGAUAUACUGAACUAGACGAAAACCAUAAUGAUCAACCCGAGUGAGUGAGUGGCAAACUCACAUGGGGAUGAUUAUAGGCACAGGGGAUUCGUCAUAAUUCAUGCGAAGAACUAGUGCAGAUAUUCAUGAAACUCGACAUUGAGGAUCAUCAUUACCAUGCUGCAAAGAAGAGAGAAGCAUUAGCCAGACUGCACCCAGAACUGAGUGACAUAUGUUGCUCAGAACAUCAUCGAAACCGAAUCCUGAUGAUUUGCUGUUCAAGGUCAACCGUAACUGUUUCCUGAGGUGGUAAUCCCUCCAAAGCUAAUUUUGUUAUUGAACAUUGCCUAUGGCGGAUGAUACAUUUCAUUUACUGCUGCAGCUAGCAGGAAUUUGACUGUCUCUGAUUUAUUGGUUGUGUUUGCCGAGGAACACAGACGCAUGAUACAGCUCGUUUAUGAGUUGCUCAA